CCUGGGGCAGGUGGUGCAGUUUCAGGAAUGCAUGCCGACUGUAUAAAAAUCAGAAUAUGUGGGUGGAAAAAAUUAGUUUGGCGACAGUGCCCUUUAACCAGCGUUGAUUAUAUUUUUACGCGCACUCUACUACACGGCUCAGUUCACCAUGAUUCGCAUUAUCAGCCUGUUAGCUAUUUUGGCGGUUGGCCUUGUAGUGGCUGGCGUACCUGGCGGCACGGGUGAAGUGAAGAAUGCUGAUGAACAAGUGCAGAAACUGGUUGAUUCCGUAUCGAGCCAGAUCGCUGCCAAGGCCGGUAUCAGUGCUAACAGCAAGCUGAUCGCCGUAUCGUAUAAAACCCAAGUGGUCGCCGGCACCAACUACUUCGUUAAGAUCCGUGUGGGCGUAUCCCGAAACGCUAAGGUCAUCCAUGUCCGCAUCUAUAAGGAUCUCAAAGGCAAAGUGAGCGUGUCCUCCAUCAAGAACGCCAAAGAAUCCGAUCCAGUGAACUACUUUGAUUAAAUUUUCCGGCUAUGCAUAUAAUUCCAAAAAAUAUUACAGGAAACAGCUGUCGACGUCGAGUAUUGUGUACAACAUAUAUACUGUAUGACGUAUUCGUAUGCCCGUUUUAAAAGAAAUUUCGUUGGGUUACACAUGUAAAAUUAAGGCGGAAGGACGUGUAAACUAUGUAUAUACUGCGGAAUGAUCGACGCAGAAUUAAAGAGGCAUGUUGAUCACAUUGGCCGAAGCUAUCACACAA